UUAAAUUUUUUUCUUAUCUAUGUGUUGUGUCCCAUGUUUUAGGUUGCCAAAUGGGUGCGGGAGGAGUUGUGUUCAAAGGGAACCAACCAUUUCUUUGACAUAUGGCAUAUUGUGUAGGGAAAGCUUUGGAUGCUGCUGCAAAGGACAGGGAUUGUGAAGAUCUGAAGCUGUGGAGGCCAGCUGUAAUUAACCAUCUCUACUGGACUGCAGCUUCCACUCCUAAUGGAGAUGCAGAUGUGAUGGAGGCUAAGUGGAAAAGUAUGGUCAACCAUGUUCAGGACAUCCACGUACAUGACACUCCUACGUUUCCCUGCUGUGCACAUCUACCUCUAGAGGGGGAAGCAAGAAACAAGGCGUGGCUGGAACCAGGAUCAACUGUAGCAGUUAAACUGGAGAGUAUAGCUUCUAGAACAGCGCUGGUGAAUGAUGUUCGUCAGUUGUCCCCACAGCAUCAGACCUUUUCACUAGAGGCAUUUCACUCUCUCAUGCUGCACUUUGCACCAAAACACACUGGGUUCUCCUUCCGUGGAAUGUACAGCAGACUUCUCCUUGCGGCCCUGCACUUUAACCACAACUCUGACAGACAAGAUGCUCAAACCAGUGAUGGUGAGGCGUGUUAUGCUGUUCGCUACCCUAGGUUCCGCAAAGGUGGCUGGGUAGUCCGUCCUGUUAAGGAAAAGCCAUCAUACACAUAUGCAUCAUCCCUCAUGAGUCUCUUAGAGUGGAAUAUUCAAGGUCACCACAGAGUCUACGAGAAUCCAGCACUGUUCUGUUUUUAAAUGCACCUGCACCCCUCUCCAGCUCCUACCAGAGGAUCGACAAGGAUGAGGCUGUUGGCUUAUAUAAAGCACAGCAUUCAAGAUUCAACAUACGAUAAUGCAGUGGUUCUCAAACUGCGGGCACUGAGAUGAUACAUAAAAACAUCAUAAAUUCUGUGUAAUUAAACCUCAGAAAAAUAAGGCUACUAACCAAUACCACUACAGUGUGUGUGUAAUGUAAUGUUUUGUUUACUUCAAAUUUUAAGUUUCGCAAUGUUUUGUGUCAUACACUUUCUUUGGGGGGGGGCACGAAGGGAUGUCGACAAAGUUUGAGAACCACUGCCUUAACGCAUUGCUGUGACAAUCUCCCAAAUUACUGAAGUUACUGAACAAUUAUGAAAUGCUUUUAAACGGGUGAGAUGGUAUAUUUCUCUCUAGGUGCUACAUAAAUAAAAACUGAAUUUAAUUUACCACACAUGCAGAUCUGCUUGGUAUAUAUUUGAUGUAAACUAUGGUAAAAUAAGACAAAUAGUAAUUUCUUUGUUUUAUUCAUCAUCAAAAUUGGGGCCAUUCAAAGCCUUUAUAAAGACCACCUUCCUCCGGAAACUGGCUUCUAAUACCGGACACAACACAUGCAGAUAAUGGCUUUCUGAUGUGUCUGCCCAGAACACCAUAGGCCCAGCGGAAAACCUGCCUGUAUGCUGUGUAGCGGUACUGUCUGGAGAUGGGGGCAAAAUAUUUAAUUAUUGUCUUAUAACAGUGGCAUCAAAAGUGUGAUAUACACAACUUGUAAUUAAAACAAAUUCAUUCAGAUUGUUUUAAUAUUCAAAUUAGUUAAAUUGACUAUCCCUUACAUACAUAGGUACUACAUAAAUUGGCAAUAGUAAAACAUUAUCUCUGCCCUAAACCUACUGAUUUCUGCUGGCCUGGAGAGGUCCAUGUUCCUGUCUAAAGUGCAUGUAGGCUAUCUGUAGCACAUAUGGAUUUAGACAACAUGCCUCAAAGCCCGGAUGCACAGUCAGGCACUGUACUUAAAGUCUGGGGGUGACAUUUUCCACCAAUGCCCAGUAUGCAUCCAACUCCCUGCAGCACUGACUUUCCUCAGCUGUGACCAUAGGCACACAUUUCCCACACAAGCACCUAUUAAACAAGAACGGGUUUCGGGUAUUUCAGGCCAUAUCAUCAGCCCUGCAUCUCAGUGACCCAAAAGAGGAUGCUGAAAACAUGCGCAAAAAGGAACCCCAGCCUAUGAUCGCCUUGGCAAACUGAAGCCGGUCUAUCAGCAGAUACGGACUGCAUGCAAGACUUUCUUUCAUCCUCAUCAGGACAUUGCAGUAGAUGAACGAAUGGUGGCAUCAAAAGCCAGGAUAGGGCUAAAACAAUAUAUGAAAGACAAGCCAACCAAAUGGGGGUACAAACUUUUUGUUUUAGCUGACUCCAAGUAUGGCUACACGUGGGAUUUUUUUAUCUACGAGGGGAAAUCCCCUGUAGCACAAACAGAACAAAAUAAAGGACUCAGCUAUGAGUCUGUGAUGGCACUGGUGGAUAAAAGAACGUUAGGAACCGGCUACAAGCUCUACGUGGACAAUUUUUACACCAGUCCAUUACUCUUCAGAGACCUCCUCCAGAAGGGCAUUUGGGCCUGCGGCACAAUUCGCAGCAACCGGGUGGGCUUCCCGCAAGCCACUGACAACAGGCUGCCCAGAAAUGCUCCCCGUGGGAGUAUGAGAUGGAUUCGUGACGACAAGUUACUGUUUGUUGAAUGGAUGGACACAAGGGAGGUGCUCAUGUGCUCCUCCUUCCAUUCAGCAAAUGGUGACUGCAAGGUACAGAGGAGGAUCAAGACUGGAGCUGGAGAAUGGAUGGUGCAGAAUAUUCCCAUACCUACUGCAGUGGUUGAUUACAACAAGAACAUGGGAGGAGUGGAUCUCUCCGAUGCCCUCAUCGGAUAUUACAGCGUCCUCAAAAAGACCAGGAAGUGCACUGUAAAACCGGACUGUUAACUUAACUCAAACCAUUUAAGUGAACCG